AUGAAAGGCCACAACUUACCGGAAUGCAAAGCCUUUUCACAAAAAACUCUGCAAGAAAGAACGCAAUGGUUGAAAAAAGCUGGACUUUGUUAUCGUUGUCUGAUGCAGAAACAUCUAGCCAAAGAAUGUAAAAGGAAAGUCAAAUGCACUAAGUGUGGUAGCGACCGUCACUUGGAAAUGCUUCAUAUGGAGAGAAAGAAAAAGCAAAAAGAGGAAGAAGUGUCAUCAGCUAAUACGAACGUUGGACGUAAGACUUUCGGUGGAGUGUCCUGCAGUAAAAUUGUGUUGCUCAAUAUAUUCCACCCGCAAACACCAAACAAAAUAAUAAAAGUCUACGCAUUAAUUGAUGAACAAAGCAACGCUUCUUUGAUUGGUCCGAAGUUGGUUGAUGAAUUGGGAAUAACUGGAACAAAAGAGAAAUAUUUUCUGUCCACUUGUAGUGCAAAGAAGGAAACCAAAUAUGGAUGUCGUGUUUCAGGACUGACGAUAACUUCAAUGAACGCAGUUUCCAAACAGCUACCAACGUUGGUGGAAUGUGACAACAUUCCCACAGAGAAACAUGAAAUCCCAACAACACAAUUAGUCAAGCAAUAUGAACAUCUUCGCGAAAUCGCGGAUGAAAUACCUCCACUGGAUACGAAAGCUCAGGUUCAAUUGCUGAUUGGUCGCGAUGCACCAGAGAUCAUGAAAGUUCGGGAAGUUCGCAAUGGUCCCAAAGGAGCACCAUGGGUGCACAAGUUGGCCAUUGGUUGGACUGUGUGUGGACGAUUGUGUGUCAAUUGGCACGGAGGACCCGUUCAUGUUCAAACACAUCGUACUGUCAUCCAUCGUUCGUCUGGCAAAGUCAAACAUGAUGUAGACAUACAACCUGAAAUAAAGUCCGCAUAUCGAAGUAAUGAUUUCUAUCACGAAUUCAUACCUUGUCCAAACAAGUUUGAGGUGAAAGAAUGCCAUGAAGAAACGGAAAACUCCAAUGACGUCUUUCAGACCACUGAUCGUGACAAUGAACCAAGUAUGUCCAUCGAAGACCAGCGGUUCGUGAAAGUCAUGCAGUCAGAAAUUCAUGAAAAUGGAAAUUGGGAAAUGCCGUUGCCUCUUCGAAAUGCUGAUGUAUCCUUUCCAAACAACCGAGAACAAGCUUCAAGUCGUAUGAACAGUUUGCUACAGACCUUUAAACGAAAACCUCAGAUGGAAAGAGACUAUUUUGAAUUCAUUAAGAAACUAUUGCAACGUGGUCACGCUAUUCCA